AUGUCUGUCUCUCAUAUCGACUUUAUAAGUGGAACGACUCAAUGUUCGGAAGAUAAAACCGAGCGAGAUCUCGGUCUUUGCUAUGCGUAUCCGGUGAUCGAUGACGAUUGUAAAACGAGCGACGUGCUCGCGAAAAAUCGAGGUACUCUGCGAGUGUCGAACAAUGGAAAUUCAUCGGCAACGGAGGAUGGAUUGUACGUAUCCGAGAAUCCUUUUACCAGCAAGAUAAUCAAACCGUAUCAGCUCGACGACGUCAAACGACUGGAUUACGAGUCGCGACCGCGAUUUCGCGGAAAACUCGUGGAAAUCGCGAUACGCGAGAUUCGCAUUCACACGCCGCGCGAACAUCAAUCGGAUGACACGACGACGAUCGAGAUCAUCUCGGUAUCUAUUUUGUUCAGAGGGAGACCGAUAUGCAAAUCGAACAGUCCGUUCAACAGAAAGCUGUACAAGCUGUUGAUCAGAGAUUCCGAGUACCACGAUCUCUCGAUACAAGUGCACACGCGACACGGUGAAUCCAGCGUGCUUCCGUUACCGUUGCCCCAACGUUGCAACGUCAAGGACCACAAGGUGGACAUAGACUUCGCGAUCAAUGACGGUUUGCACGGGAUACAUGCUGGGAUUGUCGCUUGUACCAUUUCUCUUUCUAUAUAUGGUUCUAGCGAUGAGCCAAAAAAAGACAGCGGGUGUUAUCUUUACAGACCGAGCAACGAUCCGAACGAUCCGCAGAACGGCCUCUCUCUAUUGAGACCGCAGAAGAGACGCCCCGUUAACAAGAAAAACGUCGAGUAUUUUUUGCUGGAAGAUCCGGCUUUGAUCUUCGUUUCAGAUGUCGGCGUAACGGCUCGUAAGUUGUCUCCGCCGGAAUCCAAACCGCCAGACAUCGUGGUGACUGAACAACCGGCGUUCUCCCUGCUAGAUGUAUCCUUCAAGAAUCUCUUUCGCCCUAAUCGACCGCUCAGACCGUCAUCGAGCGCUCAUCACAGCAGGCAUCACACCAUAGGAAGAACGAUCCUUGCCGUUACUGUGCUGCGGGGGGUGGAAGUACCAGUGAGAGAAGAAUCAGCGCUCGUCUCUCCACUGCUGGAAGUGGAAUGGGGCAACGUUGUUCGCACGACUUCGGUCGCAGAUGGGCCCGCGCCUGUAUGGCAGGAAACAGUACACUUGGAACUGCCCAGACAGACCGGCGAGCAUUGCGUUAAGUUUCGCCUGUAUGAUCAGCACCCGGUCUGGGGCCAGCAAUGGCUGGGUGAGGCGAGGGUCCCGCUCGAGCGUCACAGAAACUAUCAGGAGCUCGAGCGUUGGAUCGCUCUGUCACCUCUUUUCAGUCCGGCGUUGCUGUUCGGUUACGCGCAAGCCAGCCCGGGACAAUCGCAUACCAGGAUCUACGUGCUGAUGAGACUCGAGCAACCUGGAAACUCUAUGGAAGCUAACGCUAUCGACACUCUGUCCAAGGGCGUCCAACGUUGCUUGGCGCAUCCUUAUCAAAUAUCCGGCAUAGAAACCCCCGACGAUGCCGCCCGGCUCGUCAUGCUCUUGUCGUCGUUGCCUAUUCAUUACGGCCCGGUCACGCCACGCCAGGCAUUGAACGUGAAUAAGGUUGAUCACUAUGGCAGAGCGGCUUUGCUAGCGACGUUGCUGCAGGCUUUCGGCUUGCAAUCAUACGUACUGUUAGGUUCUUCGCAGAUAAGUAAAUGGACCGCAUAUGUUUUGACCACCAAGGAGAAUGACAUUGUUUUAUGGGAUACCGAGAUAGGAGAACAUUAUAAAUUAAGCGAUAGCCGUUGUACUUUGAUGAAGGUGUCCCGCUUAAUUAAUUACUCUGGCAUAUGGGAAAACACGCAGAGAUCUACUCUGCCUCACAACCUGAAGUAUAAUGUGGCGAUCAGCAAGGAUUGGCGGCCGCUCGUGCCUGUCGCUACAUCAUCGAGCAGUAAUCGAUCCGUUCAGACACUGGAAUUGGCCGUCACAGCCGAGGAAGACGCACAAAUAAAGGAGAGCGCGUUGCAAAUGGAGCAACAUUUGCGAGACAAAUUGUCGGGUUUACGUAGCGCUCUCGGCUUGACGACGAUAUUUAAUCGUCACGCGGUGAGCGUCUUGCGCGGCUUCAUCUCCGAUAUUCCGAACGACGUCAAAUACCAAUUGGACAAACGUGAUUUGAAACAAUUGUUCAGAGCCUACCAUACGCACGGUUUUGUCUUGAACCUGCGUCAAACUACCCUUGACGAAUUGACGGAACAGAUAGCCGCCACGAAAAUCCAUAAUAUUACCGGUCCCGUCGAAUUUGCUCUUGUUUGCCACAUAAAAAGAUACGUCGGUAAGACCUGCUCGAUAUGGUUGGCCGUAGCGAUUUUACGGAAUCGUUAAUCCUUGAUUUUCGCGACGAUAUUGCUACCUUUCCUUUCGUCAACGUAAAUAAGGUUUUAACUAAAAUGUUUUAUAAAUAAUAGUUACAAUGAAAACAAAACUCGUUGAAAGAUUAAAAAACUUACUUUUGAUACGUCUUCUUGUUUUUAAUG